GGCUAAGAGUGCGAAGCUUUCGUUGGCUUGCUUAUAGAUAAGGAAGAGGAGAAUAAAAAGGCAAAUCUCUUCCAAUGCUGAUGAUUCUCUUGGCAAUCAUGUCAGCUCUAACUUUCAUGCACAAUGCUAAGGAUGCUUACACCGUUGAAAGUGGAGCUAGCCAAGUAAUUUCUUCCAAGAAACUAGCAUCAGGCAAAAGAAAGAGUAUAGCCAAGCCAUCCAAGAAUGAAGUUCACAAGUUUGGUGCUUCGUUGGCCAGCAAACAAAUCAAAGUAAAUACAUCCACUCCUCAUAAAGCUAAAAUGCCCAAGGAAAAUGAAGAGAAGACAAGAGUGUGCAUUGAUGAGCUUUCCUUGCAUAGCCAAUACAAACUUUCCAUCAUUGUUGAUCUCACUAAAAUCAUCAUACUCUCAUUCAAGGCAAUAGAGGCCAAGAAUGUAGAGGUUCUGAUGCAGAACAUGGAUGAGGCUUCGGCGAAGAACAUGGAUGAGGCUUCGGCGAAGAACAUAGAGGAGGCUCUAGCGAAGCCAGGAGUUCACCGUAAGAUCAUUACUGGUGAAGCAGAUGAGCCUUCACUACUUGACAACAUACUUGGCUUGAUUGAUGAUAUCUUUGAUUGGAAUGAUUUUGCAUCCUUUGUAGCUAAAGUGCAACAAAAAAGAACAAAAGAAAGUGUAGCUUCUCCAUGGAAAUCCACAAUGGUAGCUACCAAUGAAGAUAAAGGCAAAAAGGUUGCUGAUGAGCCUAACCCAAAGUCCAGCAAUGAUAGUGACAAAAAAGUUGCACUAGAGAAAGGUGUGCCAUACUUAGUUGUGGCUUCAAAAGAUUCCAUUCCCAGCAAAGAUGAGAUAAAUGUUGACGAACCAACCAUGAGCAUAUCAAAAAAGGCUGUUAGCUGUGGAAAAAUCAUGUCUGAGGAUGAACCUUUCUCGGUUCUAGCCAAGUUAAGUGAUAUAGACAACAUGCACAACAAGGCUAAGAAAGUAAUAACUAAGGAUGCCUUUAUAAAUCUUUAUGUGGCUGUGAGGCACAUGGAAGUAACUCCCUUUGUUGAGAUGGAUGAGGAAUUCUUUCAUUUGUGUAAGGAUGCCAUAGAUGACGCUAAGAGCAUAAACUUUGAAGUUGGAGCAAUUCAGGCUAAUGAAGGUGUACCUUGGCAAAGGCAAAUUCAACAUGGUUAGGAGUGGCAUGGUUGGCAACUUGAAUGAGCAAAUUGAGGAGCAGGCGAAGCAUGUUGAAAAUGCAUAGAAAUCCUUGGUUGAUACGAGAAAAUUGAUGCUUAAGUUGGAGGUGAUGUUGAAGUUAGUUGAGGCACAUAUGAAAUUACUUAGCCAAGAGAAAGAGUUCUUGGGUUCCAACAAAGUCACCCAGCGAAG